GGCGGAGCCGGGCUCCUCAGCGGCUGGCUGGCGGAGACCGGGUGGCAGUGAGAGCCCGGCACCCCGCGCGCGACUCGUGAUACGGGGAGGGGGAGCUUCGUGACUGUGCCUUUGCGUUCGUGUGACAGCCCGUGUCCGAGGCGAGGUGGUCUGCUCGCCGGGGGACGCGCUGGGCGGACCACCGCCAUGCCGCUCUAGUCCGAGGCAGGAUGCACGUUCCGAGGCCCAAAUGUCCGUGGUCGUGUCGCGCAGCGGGUAGCGGCUCGGUGCGGGGAGAUGCGUGCUCGGGCGAGGACACGGGGAAGCUGGGAGCCAUCCUUUCUUUGCAAGCUUGGUAUUGAGAGUGUAUUUCUGCUAUUCAAAGACAACUUCACGCCUAUAUAAUGUAAUAGGGAAGGUCCGAAAACCUUAAACAGACACAAGAGUGGAGCCUGUUUAGCAAGAUGAACAUCUCUGGAAGUAAUUGUGGAAGCCCUGGUUCUGCCGAUAUAUCUAAUGACUUUAAGGAACUUUGGACUAAACUAAAAGAAUAUCAUGAUAAAGAAGUACAAGGUUUACAAGUAAAAGUAACCAAACUGAAAAAGGAAAGAAUUUUAGAUGCACAAAGACUAGAAGAAUUCUUUGCCAAAAAUCAACAGCUGAGAGAACAACAGAAAGUCCUUCAGGAAACCAUUAAAGUUUUAGAAGAUCGGUUAAGAGCAGGAUUAUGUGAUCGCUGUGCUGUUACUGAAGAGCAUAUGCGGAAAAAGCAGCAGGAGUUUGAAAACAUCCGACAGCAGAAUCUCAAACUUAUUACCGAGCUUAUGAAUGAAAAGAACACUCUGCAGGAAGAAAAUAAAAAGCUUUCUGAACAACUGCAGCAGAAACUCGAGAAUGAUCAACAGCAUGAAGCAGCUGAGCUUGAAUCUGAGGAAAAUGUUAUUCCAGAUUCACCAAUAACAGCCUUUUCAUUUUCUGGCAUUAACCGGCUACGAAGAAAGGAGAAUCUCCACGUCCGAUACAGGGAGCAAACACAUAAUAAAGCGGAGCUCUCCGCGUGCACUGCUGAAUUAAGAAAAACUUCCAAGCCUUUAUCUCCUCCGCAGCAUAACUCUAAAGAAAAUGAAAUUCUUGUAGCUGACACUUGUGAACAAAGUCAGUCGCCACCAGCCAAAACAUGUGGAACAAGCAAUUAUCGCACUGAUAAAUCAUCUUUUAACUUAGCGACAGUUGUUGCUGAAACACUUGGACUUAGUGUUCAAGAAGAAUCUGAACCUCAGGGUCCUAUGAGCCCUCUUGGUGAUGAACUCUACCACUGUCUGGAAGGAGGUCACAAGAACCAGCCUUUUGAGGACUCUACAAGAACUAGUGAAGGAAGUUUAAGGUCUUCAGAUUCUACUGCCAAGUCUCCUCCCCAGGAAGAAUUAACUACUCGGGUGUCAUCGCCUGUAUUUGGAGCUACCUCUGUUGUAAAAAGUCAUUUGGGCUUGAAUACAAGUUUGUCCCCCUCUCUCUUAGACAUUGGGAAAAAAAACCUUCUGAAAACAGCUCCUUUUAGUAACAUUCCUAUUUCUAGAUCAGAGAAAACUAGAUCAAAAUCUGAAGACACUGCCCUUUUCAAACAGCAUAGUCUUGGGUCUGAGAUGAACAAGGUCAUUAGCCAGUCGUGUAAUAAGCAGGUACUUAUAACUAAAAAUGCAAGUGAAUGCCGAGGCGAGCAGGAGAGCAUGGAUCAUGUUAGAGAUGGUGCUUCUGAUAAACACUGCAUGGCCCUGAAAUCACUGGGAAGCAGAGCAUCCAAGAGAAAGAAGACUGAGGAAGAAAGUGACCAUGAAGAAAACUGUCCCCAGACCUGUUUUGAUAAAGAAAAUACUUUCCCUUUUCCAAUGGAUAAUCAGUUUCCCAUGAAUGGGGACCACAUGAUGGAUAAACCUCUGGAUCUUUCUGAUCGGUUUUCAGUAGUUCAGCGUCAAGAGAAAAGCUACGGAAAUGAGACCUCUAAAAACAAACUUAAACAAGUUACCAUUUAUGAGGCUCUGAAGCCCACUCCAAAGGGCUCCUCCUCAGGCCGUAGAGCCUUGAGUGAAAGCUGCAUGGGAGCCAAAGAUGCCCCACAGGAGUCCUGUUUACAGGAGAGCACCCUCCAGUCCUCAAGUAAAUUCUCUCCGGACCAUAAAACACCAUUACAAAUCAAAGAAGAGAAUCCUGUCUUCAAAAUCCCUCUGUGUCCACAUGGAAGUUUGGAGACGGAGAAUCUUUUUGACAACAUGAAGGGAGCUGGUUCUCAUGAGCCAAUAAAAACUAAAAACAGGUCAGGCCCCAGAGGGUGUGAACUUGCAUCAGUUCUUCAGUUAAAUCCCUGUAGAAUCACUAAGACGAAGUCUCUGCAGAACCACCAAGAUGCAGCCUUUGAAAAUAUCCAGUGGAGUAUAGAUCCUGGAGCAGACCUUUCUCAGUAUAAAAUGGAUGUGACUGUGGUAGAUUCCAAGGGUGGCAGUCAGGCAAAAUUAGGAGGGGAGACUGUAGACAUGGACUGCACAUUGGUCAGUGAAACCAUCCUCUUAAAGAUGAAGAAGCAAGAGCAAAAAGGAAACAGUCCAACUGAAGAAGGGAAACUGAAUGACAGCUUGGAAGAUAUGUUUGAUCGGACAACACAUGAAGAAUAUGAAUCCUGUCCAGCUGAUGGUUUUCCCCAAGGAGUACAGGAAGAAGAAUUGUGUGUGGCCACAAAGAAACCCAACACACAUGGUGAUAAGCAAGAUAAACCCAAGCAGAAAGCAUUUGUGGAGCCAUAUUUUAAAGACUGUGAGAGGGAGACUAGCAUACAAAAUUUUCCUCAUAUUGAGGUAGUUCGGAAAAAAGAAGAGCGACGGAAAUUGCUUGGACACACAUGUAAGGAAUGUGAAAUUUAUUACGCAGAUCUGCCGGCAGAAGAGAGGGAACAGAAGCUGACUUCCUGUUCGCGACACCGGUUUCGCUACAUUCCUCCCAACACACCAGAGAAUUUCUGGGAAGUUGGUUUUCCUUCUACUCAGACUUGUAUGGAAAGAGGUUAUAUUAAGGAAGAUCUUGAUCUCUGUCCUCGUCCAAAACGGCGGCAGCCUUACAACGCAAUGUUCUCUCCGAAAGUCAAAGAGCAGAAGACAUAGAUGAAGAAAAAGCAGGAUAGAAGACAAUUGUUUCUCCAGUUUAGUUAUUUAUAGUUCAAGUUGGUAUUAAACAUUGAUUUUUUUGAUCUUCUGUAAAUUGAUUUAUAAACCAGUUUUCUAUUAAAAAUGUUUUUAAAUGGUAUUUACCAACUACACAACUGUUUAAAGUGUGGAUGUGUUAAUGUUGUAUUUUCUUGGUUUUGCACCUUUGAAUAAUAUGGUACUUCAUUUUGCACUCUGUUUAUUUACUGUGUGUGGUAAUUACAAUUUUGAAAAUACA